ACCCUGUUACACUGUCCAGAGGCAGCCAUGGCCGCAGAGAAUCCCAUGGAAAGUCUGCAGGAACAAGCUACUUGUCCCAUCUGUCUGGAGUAUUUUAAGGACCCAGUGAUUAUAGACUGCGGGCACAACUUCUGCCGAGAUUGCAUCAAGCAAUGCUGGGAGAGACAAGAUACAGCCGCCUCCUGCCCUCAAUGCAGAGAAACUGUGCAACAGGGAAACCUCAGGCCCAACAGGCAGCUGGCAAACAUGGUAGCAAUAGCCAAACGGCUGAGUUUACGGGCAGCAAAGGGAGCAGGAGGAGAGAGGUUGUGCGAGGAACACCAGGAAGCUCUGAAACUGUUUUGUGAAAAGGACCAAACCCCCAUCUGUCUGGUUUGCUAUCUAUCCCCGACUCACAGAGCUCACAAGGUGGUUCCCACAGAAGAAGCAGCCCGGGAGUACAAGGGAAAAAUCCGGGACCAUUUGAAGACUCUGAGGAAAGAGAGAGUAAAGCUGCUGGGAUUAAAAGAGACUGGGGAGAAGGAAAACCGGAAGUAUCUGAAACACAUAGAAAAGGAGAGGCAGAAAACUGUGUCUGAAUUUCAGCAACUGCGGCAGUUCCUGGAGGAACAAGAGCGACUUCUGCUGGCCCAGCUGGAAAAGCUGGAAGAGGUGAUUGUGAAGAUACAGAAGGAAAAUAUCACCAAACUCUCUGAGGAGAUUUCCUGUCUCAGCAAGUUGAUCAGUGACCUGGAGGGGAACUAUAAGAAGCCAGCGAGUGAAUUCCUGCAGGAUGUCAGAAGCACCUUGAGCAGGUGUGAGAAGGGGAAGUUCCAGCAGCCAGUGAAGAUUUCUCCUGGGCUGGAAAAAAGGCUCAGUGAUUUCUCCCAGAAAACUGUUGCUCUAAUGGAGACUGUGAGGCAGUUCAAAGACACUCUGCCAUAUGAACUGGAGACAAAAAGAGUGGAACCCCUAGGAGCCCACAGACUGGCGAAUGUUACUCUGGAUCCAAACACGGCUCAUCCCCAACUUGUCCUGUCCGAGGAUCGGAAAAGUGUGAGAUGGGGAAACACACGGCAGCAACUGCCCAACAACCCUGAAAGAUUUGACUAUUGUUUCUGUGUGCUGGGCUGUGAGGGAUUCACCUCAGGGAGACAUUGCUGGGAGGUGGAGGUGGAGUGUGGAGGAUACUGGGCUGUGGGGGUGGCAAAAGUCUCUGUGAAGAGGAAGGGAUGGAUCAGCCUCAACCCUGAGGGGGGGAUCUGGGCUGUGCAGCGAUGCAGAGAUCAGUUCCAGGCUCUCACCUCCCCUGAAACCCCCCUUUCCCUGAGCCAGGUCCCCAGAAGGAUCCGGGUUUAUCUGGACUGUAACUGGGGGCACAUGAAAUUUAUAAAUGCUGAUGAUGAGGCUCCAAUCUUCACUUUCCCGCCAGGCUCCAUCCCUAGGGAGAGAAUCCGACGCUGGCUCUGGGUGGGGGGAUCCCGGCUCAGACUGUGUCGCUGAGACACACAAGGGAGGGGGGAAUAGCCCACUGGGGACCCUGAGAUCAACCUCUCUAGCCUCACACACCCGUGUCUCUAUGACUUCUCUCUGUGGACUUUCUAUCAUGCCAUCACUGUGACCCUGGAGGCUGCUUCUGGUCUCAACUCUGUGCAGUGUCAAACCCAGGGGCGGCUCUCGGUAUUUUGCCGCCCAAGCAUGGCAGGCAGGCUGCCUUCGGCGGCUUGCUUGCGGGAAGUCCCAUGGAUUCAGCGGCAUGCCUGCAGGAGGUCUCC